AGAAAUCAAUAGAAUUGAAUAGAAUUGAAAUACCGAAACAUAAUACAAUCAAAUAUUAAAUAAUACUGUAGUCUAUCUUUAACUUUGGUUAACAUUUGUAUUGAUACAGUAGCGAUAUUGUAUCCGUAAAUACGUUCGUGUGGAAGAACUGCACAAAAAGUGAGAGUCGAGGUUACCGCAUAGCUCGUGGCAAGAUAACGAGUUUGCAUUUAGUUGCCCUGAAUUAACUUUGUCACUCAGUUGGUUUUAAGAAGCGGCACUAGCAACACGUGAAAAUGGCAAGCGGAAAGAUAGUCGUAUAUGGCGGCCGUGGAGCGCUUGGCGCUGCUUGCGUGAAUCACUUCAAAUCUGCUAACUGGUGGGUCGCCAAUGUUGAUCUCAAUCCGAAUGAGAAUGCGGAUUGCAACAUAUCUGUACCAAAAGACGCUUCAUGGGUUCAACAAGAAGAAUUCGUCGUAAACGAGCUUGGUGCCGCAUUACAAGGUCAGAAAGUGAACGCUGUUAUCUGUGUUGCUGGUGGCUGGGCUGGCGGAAAUGCUGCCAAAGACCUGAGCAAACAGGCGGAUUUGAUGUGGCGACAGUCCGUGUGCAGCUCGACCAUUGCGGCAACGCUCGCGGCAAAAUACCUGACACCAGGUGGUUUGCUUGCCUUAACUGGAGCGAAAGCUGCUUUGGAGGGUACUCCUGGUAUGAUCGGAUAUGGCUUAGCUAAAGCUGCUGUCCAUCAACUCACAAAAUCGUUAGGCGCUAAAGAUUCUGGGCUUCCUGAAAACUCAUUGGCUGUAGCAAUACUACCAAUCACAUUGGACACAGAAAUGAACAGAAAAUGGAUGCCUAAAGCAGACUUUGGAUCAUGGACACCUUUGAACUUUGUGGCACAGUUAUUUGACAAAUGGAUUAAAGGUGAAGAGAGACCUGCCAGUGGAAGCUUAGUUGCCCUCGUCACAAAAGAUAAUGUUACCGAGUUAGUAAUUCAAUAGAUCUUGCCACAGGAAUAUAUUAUGAAGAACCUACUUGUGACAAUAAAAAGGAAAUAUUCCAUAAUAUUUAUUGUGUUAUUUGGUAUUAGAAGCAUUUAAGAAUCCAUUAAAAUAAUAUGCUUUUGAUGUGUAAGUAUAUCAGACAAUAAGGGAACAAAUCUCAUAAAGUGUAAUUGUUGUGAAUGUUUAUUAAGUACAUGUGUAAAAUUGUGAUUUACUACUUGAAUGUAAUAUUAUGUGAUACUAUAUAAAAAUAUAUAUAUAUUUAAUAAAUGUUGUGCAUGAGUUG